AAGGUGAGCACGGCGUAUUUCCUUUGGCAGAGAAUUUAGAAAUUGCCGUGCAGGGAUCUCGUCCCCUGUGCGGAUCCGGGGGCUCCGGCUUUCCGCGUUCGCAGGUCGGACUCUGCUCCACUCCAGUUACCGCAUCUGUGAAUUUGCCUUGAUUCCUGACAGCUGUUGGUGGGACCCCCAGAGAGGGAUAAAAAGGGACCUGCUUGUACUUUGGCCGCUUUCUGGGGGGGAGGUUAACUAGCACAAGGUGCACUAUAAAAGCCAGCGAUCGGAGCGCUGUUCACUUUACACCAAUGACAGGUUUUUGUUUACGAUGCCCAACAGAAACUAUGAGGAUGUCACAUUAUUUCUUGGGCAAUGGGGACCGUUUCAGCGAGCCAUAUUCUUCCUGCUAAGCCUGAGCAUUGUCCCGAAUGGCUUCACCGGCAUGUCCAUCGUAUUCCUGGGGGACACGCCGCCGCACCACUGCCGGAUCCCCGAAGAUGCGAACCUCAGCGCGGCGUGGCGGAACAGCGCGCUCCCUUUGGUGGAGGAAAGCGGCGCGCUGCGACAGAGCCGAUGCAGCAGAUACAAGCUGCAUGUGAUAAAAACCUUCUCGGAUAAAGGUUACUUACCGGGGAUCGACGUGAACGUUACCGAAAUACAACAGGAAGGCUGUAAGGACGGGUGGGUGUACGAUCGCGGGACCUACAUUUCUACCAUCGUGACCGAGUGGGACCUUGUUUGCGAUGACAAUUGGAAGGUCCCGCUCACGUCUUCUCUGUUCUUCUGCGGCGUCCUACUUGGCUCCUUUGCCUCCGGACAGCUGUCCGACAGGUUUGGGAGGAAACUGGUGCUGUUUGCAACAAUGGGAGUUCAGACCUUGUUUACGUUGUUCCAGGUCUUCUCCACAUCCUGGGUCAUGUUCUGCACUCUCUUCUUUAUAGUCGGAAUGGGCCAGAUAUCCAACUACGUCGCAGCAUUUGUUCUAGGAACCGAAAUUUUAAGCCAGUCGGUUCGGAUUAUCUACUCUACCAUGGGGGUAUGUAUCUUCUUUGCCAUCGGCUACAUGGUUCUUCCACCGGUUGCCUUCUUCAUAAGAGACUGGAGAACGCUGCUGUUGGUCCUAACUCUCCCCGGCUUCCUUUACGUCCCCCUCUGGUGGUUCAUUCCGGAAUCUCCCCGAUGGCUGCUGUCCCAGGGCAGAGUGGAGGAAGCUGAAGCUGUACUGAGAGACGCGGCCAGAAAGAACGGAGUCACAGCCCCAGAGACCAUUUUCCAGUCUGUCCAGGCCGAGUCCAAGCCCGUGAACUCGCACUCCCACAACGUCUGCGAUCUUGUGCGCACCGCCAACAUUCGCUGCAUCUCCGUCAUGCUGGGCCUGGUCUGGAUCAUACUCUCCAUCGGAUACUUUGCUUUGUCGCUGAACACCUCCAACUUGCAUGGGAGCGCCUACCUCAACUGCUUCAUCUCGGCAGCCAUCGAAGUCCCCGCCUACGUCUCGGCCUGGCUGCUCUUCCGCUACGUGCCCAGGCGCCUUUGUCUCUUCUCCACGCUCUUCCUGGGGGGGGUCGUGCUGCUCUUAAUUCAGUUCAUACCCCAAGGUCUGGUUUCCUUGUCCAUCACCCUGGAGAUGCUGGGGAAGUUUGGGGUGACGGCAGCCUUCUCUAUCAUUUACGCGUACACCGCAGAGCUCUACCCCACCGUGCUGCGUAACACUGCCGUCGGUUCCUGCUCCAUGGCCUCCCGUCUGGGCAGCAUCUCUGCUCCCUACUUCAUUUACUUAGGACAGUUUAACCACUUCCUGCCCUACACGCUAAUGGGCAGCCUGACGGCCCUCUCAGGACUGCUCAGCCUCCUGCUGCCUGAGACCUUCGGCCUGCCGCUACCGGAGACUGUCCAUCACAUGCAGACCAUCCUGAGGUGGAAGAAGAAACGAAGAUCCGAUGAAGCCAACGAAACUGAGGAGGAGAAAGAGGAAGAGGAAGAGGGUACAUAGGAGCAAGCGUGACCCGAAGUUUUGCUUUUAUACCGUUGAUGCGUGUUAAUGCGCGGUUUCGUAGCUUAUAUAACUUAUAUAAAGUUUUUUUUAAAUGAAAAUAGUAUUUUGUGGAAAAUAAACACAUCCUAAAACAA